GAAAGGAAACUUCUGUAAGCCAACACCGUCUUCUCCAGCUGAAGAUGGCUUUUAGUUACAACAGUGUGUAGUAGAAAUAAGUUUGUAUUUUCUUUUGUUUUGUUCGUCAUUUUUCCUAAGAUAUUAAUUUUUUUUUAUUUCAAUAAUUUACCACUCUUCUCAGAAUAGUAUCAUGAUAUAUCCUCUGGUUCUCAAGAAACAAAUUGAAACAAAACAAGUUGAAACCCUUCUCUCAGAUAAACUGAAGCGACUUUUAAUUUGAUAAAAUAACCUCGAGACUGUUUUAGAAGAAAGUAUUUUAAUUCUUCUAUUAUUGUGGUUGUUGUAGGUCGGCUGAAUGAUUUUAAAGGUUGCUAUUCGGACAUGACAUCUUAAAACAGCUCUCUCUCUCCCUCUCUCCUUUGUGUGAGAGAAAAGGUUAAACAAAUGGCUGUCUGUCUGCUUCAGAAGUAUUUCAAGGCAAACUUUAGUCUGGCCAUUUGCAAACGCCUCAGGGAAGGUCUACGCCAGCCAACGUCCAUCACGCCAAUCUCCUGUUGUUUCUAUUCCACAAGGUUAGCUGAAGUUGGUGUUCUAGAGAGACCCCGGGAAAGAGGUCAAGCUUAUGAAACUGGCCAGUUGUUUCUACAUAAAGUUUUUGGUUACCGAGGUAUUGUGCUCUUCCCAUGGUUAGCCCGUGUCUAUGAUCGUGACAUAGCAGCAAAAUCGAAAGAGAAGAACCCUGAAGAUGAUUCCACUGUGGUGGGCAAGGAAGUUAAAGGCUGCACCCAUCUCUAUUAUUUAGUUCUGGUGGAUUCCAGAGAUUGUCCCUACAUAAGAGCCCAAACUGAAGCAGUCACUUUCCUUGGUAACCAAGAAAACAGCCGAGCUUUGUACGCCAUCUCAGGUCUGGACUAUUUGGCCCAUGAGGACAUCCUGCCAUAUUCUACACAAGCAAAACAUCCAAUUCACCACGAGUUAUUUAAUAAAUUCCUCAGCCAUGACCCUGGUGGUUCCCCAGCAUUUGUGGCAAAGGACACACUGCGUGCAUGGCAAGAGAAAAACCACCCCUGGUUGCAACUGUCUGAUGUACAUCGAGAGACAACAGAAAACAUCCGGGUGACAGUCAUUCCUUUCUACAUUGGAAGUAGGGAUUCCCAACAGACUCAUGUGUUUUGGUGGCGCUACUGUGUUCGACUUGAGAAUUUGGGUGAAGAAAGCGUCCAAUUACGAGAAAGACAUUGGAGAAUCUUUAGCUUGUCUGGAACGCUAGAAACUGUACGCGGUCGAGGUGUUGUUGGCCAGGAACCAAUUCUGUCAAAAGAACAGCCAGCCUUUCAAUACAGCAGCCAUAUAUCUUUACAAGCACCAAGUGGACAUAUGUGGGGUACCUACAAGAUGGAACGUCGAGAUGGGACGGCCUUUGAAUGUCGGAUACCUCCGUUUUCUUUAGAGAGUAAAUCUGAUGACGCCAAUAACCCCCAUGGUUUAUUGGAUAGCUGACUGCUUUUUCUUCUUCUUCUUCUAGUUUGGGGACAGUAGGGGAGGGGAUAUCUUUGCGGGAAUUUAGGCUUCAAUAAUAAAUUGAAUAAAAUAGUAA